AUUAACAUGAUUUAGUGGACUAAACCCAGUGUGUAAAUUGUGUUUUUGACAAGAAAGUCUGACUAUACCUGGCUGCAGCAGUCAGUAUACUCUACAUCACCAUGAUGCUGUUGAUCUACAUCACAAUUUGUGUUGUACUUUUAUUCUAUCUUGUAAAUCAUUUUAAAAAAACAGGUAUGAAAAUGCAUCCCGGACCCAGACCUCUUCCUUUCAUUGGCAACCUGCACCUGCUGGAUCUGAAAAAGCCUUACCAGUCCCUGAUGGAGAUGUCUGAAACAUAUGGAGAUGUAUUUACUGUACAUUUUGGUCCUAUGAAGAUGGUGGUGCUUUCUGGAUACAAGACAGUGAAGGAUGCUCUAGUCAACCAGGCUGAUGACUUUGGAGAUAGAGCAGACAUGCCGAUAUUUACAAAUUUAAUAAAAGGAAAUGGUAUUGUAUUUGGACAUGGAGAAUCAUGGAAAAUAAUGAGAAGGUUUACACUCUCAACCCUACGAGACUUUGGAAUGGGAAAGAAGACAAUACAAAGCAGAAUUCAAGAUGAAUUACACCCUUUACUCACACAUUUGGAAUCCUACAAUGGUAAACCAUUUGGCACACCAGUUAUUUUGAACAGUGCAGUUUCUAACGUCAUCAGCUCCAUUAUUUUUGGGAAAAGAUUUGAAUACGAUGACCCAACACUGAUAUCUCUUAUUAAACUAAUAAAUCAAAAUACAAAACUCUCUGGAACACCUCAAGCAAUGCUGUUUAAUCUCUACCCGGUUCUUGGACCACUUGUUGGAGUAGAUAAAGAAAUAGCUGAGAAUAUUAAUAUUCUGGAGAGCUUUAUGCACAAAUUUAUUCAAGAACACAAAGAAGAAUAUAAUGAAAAUCACAUUACUGGGUUUAUUGAUGCAUUCCUAAUGAAGCAAGAGCAGGAAUCAUCAAACUUAAACACUUACUUCCAUUAUGGAAACUUGACGUAUUCGGCUUUAGACCUUCUAGCAGCUGGAACUGAGACAACAUCCACAACCCUAAGCUGGGCAUUGUUACUGAUGACAAAAUAUCCAGAGAUUCAAAAAAAGGUUCAAGAAGAAAUUAAGACUUUCAUUAAACCGGGACAGUUGCCUAAAGUGGAUGAUCGGAAGAACAUGCCAUAUACUGAUGCAGUGGUGCAUGAAGUACAGAGAUUUGCUAAUAUAGUUCCAUUAAAUUUAUCCCAUGUGACUACAAAAGAUGUUCACUUCCGAGGGUAUCACAUCCCAAAGGGCAUUGAAGUGAUUCCUAUGCUUACCUCUGUGUUGUAUGACAAAACUCAGUGGGAUACUCCUUAUAGGUUUAAUCCUCAUCACUUCUUGGAUGCAGAUGGGAAAUUUGUUAAAAAGGACGCGUUCAUACCUUUUUCUGCAGGAAGAAGAGCAUGUGUUGGAGAAAGUUUGGCCAAAAUGGAGAUUUUCUUAUUUUUUACUGGUCUUCUCCAGAAGUUUACCUUCCAUCCUCCACCAGGCAUCUCAGAAGAUGAUCUCAGUCUGGAUGCAGAUAUUGGUUUCGUCUUAUGGCCCGUGCCAUAUAAGACUUGUGCUGUCUCCAACUACUAGCCUAGAGUUCUUACCAAAAAAGGACAAUAAAUACAAACAUAUAAUAGUUAAAAAAAACAUACAUAUAUAUGUAAGCCAUCAUUCAUUUAAUAUAAUGGUACAGCAGAGCUGAAGACAAAGUAAUUUUAAACCGCUCAAUUAUUUAACAAAGAAUGAAAUUAAAGCUAUCUAUCCUUCUUCCAAUUAACUUCUAACAUUAACUUUUUAUUCAUAUAAAUGGUAAUACUUUAGCUUAUACAGAAACCUGAGCUAAAAAUGUAACUUCUCACAUAUUGCUCUGUGAAAUUUUAAAGGAGGUGGUUUCACAGAGCAAUGUGUGAGAAGUUACAUUUUUAGCUCAAUGGUCAUAAGCUAAUGUAUUACUGUGGUUACUACCAGUUCAGGAGUAAUAAACCAAUACAAGCAUUGCUACCGGAGCACACAGGCAGGCAUGGCUAUCUGUUUAACGUGCUUAGGCCUAGUUUCUAUUAAAGGGACAUUGUACACUAGAUUUUUCUUUACAUAAAUGUUUUGUAGAUGAUCCAUUUAUAUAGCAGAUCUGGGAGUGUUUUGUAACAAUGUAUAGUUUUGAUUAUUUUUUUAAUAACAUUGUGCUGAUUUUCAGACUCUUAACUUAGCCCCAAAGUAUCUAAUAAUGUAGACUGAAGUCUACAGAUUCCCGCUUGCUCCUGUUUGUGUAAUCUGUCUUUUCAAAUUCAUGGGAGGGGCACGUUUUUGCUCUUCCUGUUUUGCCAACCCCUUUCAAUGUGUGUCCCAGCAUAACCUCAUCAAAAGUGCUAAACUGGGAGCUUUUAAGUAAGUUUUUAAAAAAGGUUUUAUACUGUUUUUUUUAUAUAGGUAUCUGUGCAUAUUCUUGUUUAUAGUAGUGCCUAUGACAUGCAGUUAUAUGAAAAUUGGAGUAUACUGUCCCUUUAAGUUGGUAAAGUUUUGAAACUGGUGGUAACAUAAACAUUCUACAUAGACUUUGGUCUAGUUUCCAUUGUGGUGAUAACGUUUGGAAACGGGUGGUUACAUAAAAAUUCUCCAUAGUAUCCAUACUUUACCACCUCAAUGGAAACUAGGCCUUUGAUGGAGAUAAAUCCUUUUAUCACCACUUUCCAAACUUUACUAUAUCAAUGGAAACGUGGCCUGUGUUUGUAUCUUUGCUCCUGUUCUGAUUUUAACACAAUAAAGUGCUGUUACUCAGUACUGCGCAUUACCAGAACAGAACCAGCAUCAGGAACCCAGUCAUGUCAGAUAGUGACUCCCUUGCAGUAUGCACGCUAGUUAGGGAGUGAGGGAUAAUCCCUAGCUCUGUAUUGAGGGAGCAUUAGAUAUGUAUCCAGAAGCAGUAUUAAAACAGCAAGGUCUAUGGAGAAUUUUUAUGUUAUCACCAUUUUCCAAACUUUACCAUCUCAAUUAAAACUGGGCCUUUCUCUGCAAAAUGUGUAAUACAUGUGUACUGUAAAGUUUACCUCUAUGUAAUGCUUUAUUUAAAUAGUACAGGUAGAAAACCCUUUAUCCAAACUGCUUGGGACUGGAUCCAUUCUAAUAGCUGUCACCUGAGGAGGUGGAAAGAGAAUGUCCUAAAAAGAUAAUGUCUUCAGCUACAAUGUAACUGUACUAGGAUAAAUGAUUAUCUAGAACAAGCAGAGAUCUUAGAACAAAAAUUCAAAGAUGGGGGUAUAAAAAAAGAUAUUAUCCCUAAUGCAAAAUAAGAAAUAAAAUUAAGAAAAAGAAAAACAUUGUUAGAACAUAAAAAUAAGGGUGUGAAAUAACCGGCAAAUAAUGUUAUUAUCAAUGUCCCUUUAUAAAAUAAUUAUACUGACAAUUUUAAGACCCUAAAUGGUAUCAUGAGAAAACAUUGGCAUUUAUUACUUAAUGACCCUAUAAUUGGGAACAAGAUUACCCCAUACCCUUGGAUUGUGUAUAGGAAAGCCAGAAACUUGAAAUCUUUCUUGGAUCCAAGUGAGUUUAAAACAGACAAAGAUAUAUGAAACAGGUAAACCUAUUAGAAAAGGAACUUAGUGGCUUCUUUCCAUGUUUUAGCUAAAAGUCAUGUCAAUUAAUUAAUAAAAGAAAAGAGUUUAUUUCACAACAAACAGGAUAGAAUUUUCAGAUAAAAGAUAUGAUAAGAUGCCAAGACAGGGGGGUAGUUUAUCUCAUUGAAUGUUCGUGUAAUAGUCAAUAUAUAGGGGAAACAACGAGAAUGCUACAAGAAAGGAUAUAGGAACAUCUCUAGAUUAUAGAAAAUGGCAAAACAAGAAACCUAUACCAGCAUUUUUUUAAAGAGGUACACAAUAUUCACCUCUCAGACUUCAAAUUUUGGCCAAUUAAAAAAUGAAACAAAAUUGGAGGGGGUAAUUUUGAAUUCAAAUUUUUGAGAAAAGAAGCUAAAUUAAUGUAUAAAUUACAAACUCUACAACCAAAAGGUUUAAAUUCUAAAUUAGACAUCUCUGCCUUCAUAUAGAUAAAUUAUUGAGCAA